AUGAAUAACGACAGUGAAAGCAAAGAUAAUACAUUAACAAGAAAUUCCAAUCCGACAGAUGAUGAAGACGUAACAUUUUUUUUUUUUUACGAUAUAGUUAAACAACUAAUUUUAAAACGUAAUGAUAUCGGAGAUUCUUGUGUAUUAUCAAGCUGGUUGAAAGUGUUGGAACAAAAUAAAAACAAAUUUGUUCGAAAUGAAUAUAUAAAACUUAUGACGUUGGCAUUGCAAUAUCCAGAACCAAUAUGUCCAUUUAAAGACCCUCCUCCCGAGACAAUUGAUCCUUUGGAAAAUGGCGUGAUCGAAAUGGCGAGAAAAUUUUUAAAGAAAGAAGGUACUGCGACGUGUAUUGGAAAUAACGAAGAAGAAACUUUUCCAACAAUUAGCACAGCAAUGUCUUAUGACAAACGCCAAUAUGCUUCAUAUCAAGUUAUACCGAAUGUUGGUGUUCAGUGUUAUUACGCCUUUUCAGAUGAACCGAUGUAUAAUUGGAAUUUAUCAUCCCAAAUAUCAGUCCCUAAAGGUGGACCACACGCCACGGACAUCGAAUGGGAAAGAGCACUAGCGGGUAUUCAAUUAAAAUUGCACAAGCCGAGCACAGACAAUAUAAAACUUCCGAACGCCCGAAAAAAUGCAACCGCUAAAGAUGACGAAAACGAAGUCAAGUCAUCAGUUUCUGGCAGCAGGGCUUCUAGGAAAAAGUCAGAUAGAUUAAAAGAAAGCGGGGAGACAUCAGAUCUUUGUGAUGUAAUGAACAUAGAACAACAAAACCGAAAUGUGAACGAAGCAUUCGAAUGGAAUGAUGCCAGUCUAUUAACUGGAGAUAUAAGACUUGGCGCAGAAAUGUGUUCGGAUCGCAAAGUUGAUGCUCAAGUUAAAACACAAAUAGAACUUGACAAAGAAGCAUUUAAUGCCUACGAUAAACUUUAUCCAGGCGAUUUCUUGAUAAACGUAGAGCAGUCGCUUAUCGAUGAUAUAAUCCCAAUAAAAAUCAACGUUGUUACGGAAUCCGGCGAUAAAAAAACGAUCAAAGAAGAUGAACAACAGAAACAGCCGUCGGCACAGGACGGCAGUGGCUGCGGCGGCGCGAAGAAAAAGCAACGCGAGUGCCCGCGGCCGAAAUUAUGCACGAUAAGGCAGAGCGCAGGCCACGGGAACGUCAAACCGCCGCCCGAAGAAAGCAGGCCCGCUGUCGAGAAGUCAUUGCCGUCGGAGCAUCAGCGUCCACGGAUUUCCGAUCUGGCGCGCAAACUGGCCGCGCUAAAUGCCCCUGACGGCCGCACCGGCCACUACAAGAGCCGCAACACGUUCGUCGAUCCGCCGGCGAGACGUCCGACCCCGGCCGACGAUUACCGGGCCCCGUCGUCUGGACGUCGUAGUCCGGGAGGCUACGACGAAUGCGGCGGUGGCCGGGCCGGUUUGAGACCUGCGCGGUCCACCGAAUCGCGCGCCGAACGGAACUCGAACAGCGGGAUGCCGUUCCGAUGGUCGGAACGGCCGAGCAUGACGUCAGACUUCACCGGUGAGCGUUCCGAGAAGGCGAGUUCAAUGUUGCGGAGCAGACGCACCGACCCGAAGUGCGUCAGCCUGGCGCAGCUGUACGGAAGAUCCGCUAAAAGUCGCGACGACGAGUCGGGCGAACCGUCGUCGGACGUGUAA